AUCCCUUCCAUUGACAUGAAUGCCGAACAACGAAUGUGAUAAUUUCUACACAUUAUAUAUAAUCUGCUUGGCACAAUUGCUCAUCAUUUAGUUUUAAUCCGUAUAUCACACCAGAUCAAAAUGUUCAAAAUAGUAUGCAUAUUGGCUCUAACAGUCACCGUUGUCAUUAGUUUGCCAGUGGACUCCACAACGGAAUCUAAAGGUUUGAAUCGACCUUCACCAAUCAACCCAGAAGUCAUCAGUGAUCCAAAGCCCAAAGAAGUAUCCACAAGCUCUCCUGAAAAAACUACAUCGACUGAAGAAAGCCACAUCCAAAAAAUCCCAGCAACAGGGGCUAAGUUAAGUUCUGAGGUAGACCAAACCAAGCCGACACAAAGAAGAGGAAAUAGACGGGAUCGAACCAGGAGCACUACAACCACUACUACCACACCAAAAAACCUUUCCGAGGAAACAAGUGAGCCUUCCAAAGCUCCAGAAACGACCAAGAAAGUGAAACGAGCAGUGGAAUCCUCUGAAGGUGCGACAACCCGUUCGGCGAGUACGACACGUGCUCCAAUUAUAAGCAGCGCCGAUGAGAAUGAUAACACACCGCCACACUUUGUACGACCGAUUCCAGUAGAACAGAUUCUGAAGAACGUUCACGAGGCCCCGAAGCAGCAUGAACCAUCCGUUUCAUUACACGAUCAUGUGACUUCGGCAGCACCAAUCACUGACGAGUCAGAUGACAGUGAGGAUAAACCCGAGGAUAAACCUAAGAGCGCUGCUAGUGGAAGGAAACCACUUCACGGAUACAAGAAGAAGCAGGAAGAACAACCAUCGGACGCGGAAGAGGAUAAUCCUUCGGAUGAAGACAAAAAAGAUCAGUGAAUUACGUGGCUUGUAAACGUGUGAUAUGUUGUGAUGUAUUAAUUGAAAAAAUGGAAUACAUAUUUUGUAUUUA